GUGUGCCUAUAUGAUGACAGGGUCUUAAGCUUUAUUACGAGACAGUUGGCUGUAGCUGAUGAUGUUGCGUUCAUUGGAAACUAAACAAAUAAAGCCUACACUUAUACAGAGAGAAGAGGAAGAAGCUUGAAAGAGCUAGAGAGAUUCUUAUUUUUCAUCUUUUUAUGUUUUUUUUCUUGCCCUUUCGUUAAAUUUUGUUUUGGGAUUUAAUUUUGGUUGAGUUGAAGAAAAGAGAUGAUGGGGUAUUGGAAAUCCAAGGUUCUUCCAAAGAUCAAGAAGGUUUUUGAGAAGGACAGCACCAAAAAAGCUGCUGCUGCUGAAGCUUGCAAGUCCUUUGAUGGCUCCAAGGAAGAAAUCAACAAGGAGUUUGAAGAGAAGAAGACUGAACUCCAACCUAAAGUGCUUGAAAUCUAUGAAGCUUCAUCAGCUGAAAUUAAGGCUCUAGUUAAGGAGCCUAAAGAAGCUGGAUUAAAGAAGUACUCAGCUUUAGUUCAAAAGUUCCUUGAAGAGCUUGCCAAAAUAGAGUUUCCAGGAUCAAAGACAGUGACAGAAGCAGCUUCAAAGUAUGGAGCAGCCUAUGUCUCAGGUCCAGUUUUCUUUAUAUUUGAAAAGGUGACGACUUUUGUUGUGGUAGAAGAGAAGGCGGUGGAGCCACCACCAGCAGGAGGAGAGGAAACAAGCAGCAGAGAGAAGGAAAUAGUGGUGGAGGAAGAGAAGAAAGAGGAAGUUGUAGUGGAGGCUGCGAAGAGUACGACGGAACCCGUGGUGGCUGAAGCAGAAACAGCAGUUCAGCCACCAGCUGCAGCUGAGCCUGCUUCCAAAGUGGAGGAAGCGGAAGCUGCUGCUGAACCACCAAAGCCAUGACCAACAAGGAGGAUAUCAAUUUCAUCAUCAAGUAUAUAUAUAUAUAUAUAUAUAUAUAUAUAUAUACACACCAUCGUGAAAAUUAAUUAAUGGUUUAUAUAUUAAAAAAAAUUGUUAUUCUUUAUUAUAUUUGUUUAUUCUUAAAUUUCCUGUAUUUUUUUCCAUUUUUUGGGUAUUUUUUUUCCCUUCUGUCAAGUUAAUGUUAUAUUAUAGGGAAGUGGUGGUGAUAGUUUCCUCUC